AUGCGGCUACGUCUGAUAUACCCAGAGGAGUAUAUCAAGUCUUCACCAUAUUGGAGAUAUACCGCUCGAAGCUUCAACCCUGGCUGCAACCCUGGCUCCAACCCUGGCUCCAACCCUGGCUCCAACCCUGGCUCCAACCCUGGCCCCAACCCUGGCUCCAACCCUAGCUCCAACCCUGGCUCCAACCCUGGCUCCAACCCUGGCCCCAACCCUGGCUCCAACCCUGGCUCCAACCCUGGCUCCAAUCCUGGCUCCAACCCUGGCCCCAACCCUGGCUGCAACCCUGGCUCCAACCCUGGCUCCAACCCUGGCUCCAACCCUGGCUCCAACCCUGGCCCCAACCCUGGCUCCAACCCUGGCUCCAACCCUGGCUCCAAUCCUGGCUCCAACCCUGGCCCCAACCCUGGCUGCAACCCUGGCUCCAACCCUGGCCCCAACCCUGGCUCCAACCCUGGCUCCAAUCCUGGCUCCAACCCUGGCCCCAACCCUGGCUCCAACCCUGGCCCCAACCCUGGCUGCAACCCUGGCUCCAACCCUGGCUCCAAUCCUGGUUCCAACCCUGGCCCCAACCCUGGCUGCAACCCUGGCUCCAACCCUGGCCCCAACCCUGGCUCCAACCCUGGCUCCAAUCCUGGCUCCAACCCUGGCCCCAACCCUGGCUCCAACCCUGGCCCCAACCCUGGCUGCAACCCUGGCUCCAACCCUGGCUCCAAUCCUGGCUCCAACCCUGGCCCCAACCCUGGCUGCAACCCUGGCUCCAACCCUGGCCCCAACCCUGGCUCCAACCCUGGCUCCAAACCUGGCUCCAACCCUGGCCCCAACCCUGGCUCCAACCCUGGCUUCAACCCUGGCCCCAACCCUGGCUGCAACCCUGGCCCCAACCCUGGCCCCAACCCUGGCUGCAACCCUGGCUCCAACCCUGGCCCCAACCCUGGCUCCAACCCUGGCUCCAACCCUGGCCCCAACCCUGGCUCCAACCCUGGCUGCAACCCUGGCUCUAACCCUGGCUCCAACCCUGGCUCCAACCCUGGCUCCAACCCUGUCUCCAACCCUGGCCCCGACCCUGGCUCCAACCCUAGCUCCAACCUUAGCUCCAACCCUGGCUCCAACCCUAGCUCCAACCUUAGCUCCAACCCUGGCUCCAACCCUGGCCCCAACCCUGGCUCCAACCCUGGCUCCAACCCUGGCUCCAAUCCUGGCUCCAACCCUGGCCCCAACCCUGGCUGCAAUCCUGGCUCCAACCCUGGCUCCAACCCUGGCUCCAACCCUGGCUCCAACCCUGGCCCCAACCCUGGCUCCAACCCUGGCUCCAACCCUGGCUCCAACAUUGGCUCCAACCUGUGA